AUGUUAAUGGACGUUGACAAUAUUCUCGAUGAACGGGUUGAUCCUUAUGAUCUUGAGAAAGUUCGCGACACUUACGAAACUCAACUUCAGCGUGGUUCACCGAGUGCUGUUGCAACAUUCAACUAUGCGGUGGCGCUUGUUCGGUCUACGAAGCAAGACAACUACGAUCGAGCCCUUGCAUAUGUCGAUAUUUUGCUCGCUGCGGAAAGUCACAAUAGACAGGCUACUCAUCUUCGCACGAUGAUUGAAAAGAGAAUGAAAAGAGAUGGACUAUUUGGUCUAGCAGUUAUCGGUGGUGGAGCUUUGUUGUUGACGGGCGUUGUGGCUGCGUUGUUUGCUGCAAAGAAGUAA